AUGGCUGGCCCCGCACCCUGUGAUAUCCCUCUGCUCCCUGGUUCUCCACGCCGGCUCAGCCCUCGGACUGUGGCCAGAGGAGGCCAGGGGUCCAGACAAGGACAGCACUACCUGAAGGUGCCAGGGUCCCAGGCCUCCGGGCCCCAGGGCAGCCCCAGCCAAGACCCAGGCCGGCCGUCCCCGGGAGACAGCUGCCACAGCAGCUCUGUGAUCAAUAACUACCUGGAUGCCAGUGAUCCGGUGUCGUCCGAGGCCCGCCGGAGCCGCAUGCACUUCCACGACAACCAGAGGAAGGUGGACUACGUGCUGGCCUACCACUACCGCCGGCGCGGGGCCCACGCGGGCCCCGGCUCACCCGGCCGCGCGCUGGCCGUCAUCUCCAACGGGGAGACGGGCAAGGAGCGCCAGGCCGGCGGCCCCGGGGGCGACAUCGAGUUGGGGCCCCUGGACGCCCUGGAGGAGGAGAGGAGGGAGCAGCGGGAGGAGUUUGAGCACAACCUGGUGGCGGCGGGACUGGAGCUGGAGAAGGACGUGGAGAGUAAAAGCCAGGGAUCUGUGUUCGUCCGGAUACACGCCCCGUGGCAGGUGCUGGCCAGAGAAGCAGAGUUCCUGAAGAUCAAAGUUCCCACCAAGAAAACGUACGAGAUCAAAGCCGGGGGUCGCAUCACCAAGAAGUUCAACGCCAUCCUGCAGCAGCUCAGCUCCCCGCUGCAGCCCCGGGUCCCCACACACAGCCACAGCAGGAUGAAGAACCUCUCCUACCCCUUCUCCAGGGAGAAGAUGUACCUGUACAACAUCCAGGACAAGGACACGUUCUUUGACAACGCCACGCGCAGCCGCAUUCUCUCCUCCCCAGCGACCUUGAGAAGCCUGCUCAGCCUCACACCCAGCCCUGCGGAGCAAUGUCUCUGGGUGCAGAGGAGGAGAGCCAUGGUGGACCUGGAGGUAUCAGGCAUUAACUCUCUGAUUGCAAACAAUGUCUACGAGGCUGCCUACCCGCUUCAUGACCUGCUGUACCAGGAAUGGGCACGCUAUGGAGUGUUCUACAAGUUUCAACCUAUUGACCUCAUCAGCAGGGAGAUGUGUGACCAGCAGAACGCCUUUACCAUGUGUCCCCUGUGUGACAAAUCCUGUGACUAUUGGAACCUCAGUUCGGCCUGCGGCACCGCACGCGCCAGCCACCUGUUCGACAACCCGGCCACCGUCUUCUUCUCCAUCUUCAUGGCUCUGUGGGCCACCAUGUUUCUGGAGAACUGGAAGAGACUGCAGAUGCGGCUGGGCUACUUCUGGGACCUGACGGGCAUCGAGGAGGAAGAGGAGCGGGCCCAGGAACACUCCCGGCCGGAGUAUGAAACGAAGGUGCGCGAGAAGUUGUUGAAGGAGGGGGACAAGUCGGCGGUUCAGAAGCUGGACGGCAGCGAGGCCGAAGAGGAGGACGAGGAUGAAGACAAACUGACUUGGAAAGACCGGUUCCCUGGCUACUUGAUGAACUUCGCGUCCAUCCUGUUCAUGAUCGCCCUGACGUUCUCCAUCGUCUUCGGGGUCAUCGUGUACCGCAUCACCAUGGCGGCCGCUCUGUCCCUCAACAAGGCCACGCGCUCCAAUGUGCGGGUCACGGUGACCGCCACGGCCGUCAUCAUCAACCUCGUGGUCAUCCUCAUCCUGGACGAGAUCUACGGUGCCGUGGCCAAGUGGCUCACCAAAAUCGAGGUUCCCAAGACCGAGCAGACGUUCGAAGAGCGUCUGAUCCUCAAAGCCUUCCUGCUGAAGUUUGUCAAUGCUUACUCUCCCAUCUUCUAUGUGGCUUUCUUCAAGGGCAGGUUUGUGGGCAGGCCGGGAAGCUACGUCUACGUGUUCGACGGAUACCGGAUGGAGGAGUGUGCUCCGGGCGGCUGCCUCAUGGAACUCUGCAUCCAGCUCAGCAUCAUCAUGUUGGGGAAACAGCUGAUCCAGAACAACAUCUUCGAGAUCGGGGUCCCGAAGCUGAAGAAACUCUUUCGGAAGCUGAAAGAUGAGACGGAAGGGGGAGAGAUGGACCCCGCCCAUUCCAAACAGCCGGAGCAGUGGGACCUGGACUACAGCUUGGAGCCCUACACCGGGCUGACCCCGGAGUACAUGGAAAUGAUCAUCCAGUUCGGGUUCGUCACCCUCUUCGUGGCCUCCUUCCCCCUGGCCCCCGUGUUCGCCCUGCUCAACAACGUCAUCGAGGUCAGGUUGGACGCCAAGAAGUUUGUCACCGAGCUGAGGCGGCCGGAUGCCGUGAGGACCAAAGAUAUAGGGAUCUGGUUCGACAUUCUCUCCGGCAUUGGCAAGUUCUCGGUGAUCAUCAACGCUUUUGUCAUCGCUGUCACCUCGGACUUCAUCCCCCGCCUCGUGUACCAGUACUCGUACAGCCACAACGGCACCCUGCACGGAUUCGUGAACCACACGCUCUCCUUUUUCAACGUGAGCCAGCUGAAGGAGGGAACCCAGCCCGAAAACUCGCAGUUCGACCAGGAGGUUCAGUUCUGCAGGUUCAAGGACUACCGAGAGCCUCCCUGGGCGCCCAACCCCUACGACUUUUCCAAACAGUACUGGUCCGUCCUGUCCGCCCGCCUGGCCUUUGUCAUCAUCUUCCAGAACCUGGUGAUGUUCCUGAGCGUGCUGGUGGACUGGGUGAUCCCCGAUGUCCCCACCGACAUCAGUGACCAGAUCAAGAAGGAGAAGAGCUUGCUGGUGGAUUUCUUCCUCAAGGAGGAGCAUGAGAAGCUCAGGCAGGCCGACGAGCCCGGCCGCAGCAGCCAGAGGAGCCGCCGGGCGGCCAGCUCGGCCCCCUCCGCCCGCAGCCAGCCCGGCAGCCUGGCGUCUUCCGGCUCCCAGCACACGAAUGUGUGA